AUGGAAUAUGCGAAGCAGGGUCCGUACAUUUCCAAAGUUAUCUACUAUCAGACGAUUGAUGAUACUGAGCCCACAGACCAAACCGUACGCAUUCAUCUAGUUUCGUUAUCUGCGUUUUAUUUGCCGGAGAGGGAGAGACGAAUUUAA